CGGUUAAAUAAUGGUUUACUUACUACCAACAUACACAUUAAGUUACCAUCCAAGACACUUCCAUGCACCCCAUUCACGGCCACACACGAUCAGCCGACAACACGAAGGCACGCAGACACGCAGCAAUGCCCCUCCUACUAUAUAGCGGGUGACACACAGCCGUCAUAUGCAGCUGAUAGACUUCGUUGGCCCUUCCACCCACCCUCCGAUCAGUCAGUCCAUCAUCCCAUCCAUCAUCCGCAGCCUUACAGAUGGAAAGUUUCCCCUAUACACUACGCACUCACACGUAUCGUAUCCACAGGACAAAUCGCGACAAACACGACCUAUGUCACACACACUUGCACAUGGAUGGCCAUCUCGCUAGCUACUCGUAUGGGCGACUGACUAUCUAUGUGUGUACGACAGUCAUGCAGACAGCAGGCAGGCAGCGUAACGUUUAUCCACACGCACAGCACAAGGCAUCAACACAGCAGAGAGGCUGCCGCCAACCAGCGGCAAACACACGUCACGAGGGACACUUACAGUCACCAUGCGAUAAAUCACACGAGCAUGUUCUGGCAUGACGUGAGGCUGUCGUAUGGCACCCAUCGUGGGUCGAAACAGCAGAAAUGCAGCUCGCUCGGGAACACGGUGGUCGCAUUGUACACCGUCCAGUCGAAGUUGUCUGCACAGACAAACAAAUCCGAGCAGCCAACAUACCGAUGUCACUCACGCCAUGGAUGUGAUUUCCCCGGUGGUCCUCAUUGCUCACAUCCGACGAAUGCGUAGUAGCUCCCCGCUGUGCCGACUCGAUCGAUGUGCAUGUUGCCCUGCUGGAAGGCGCUCGAUCUGAAGCCCAUCUCGCAGCCCGCUCCCGAGCAGCUGUUGCUCAUCCCCAGCUUGCUGAUCCUUGGUGUGUGGUCGGCAAAGGGCAAGAUAUGGACGCCUGACGGCGUUCUCGACUCGAGAACCAUCCUCGCCUGCGGCAUCUUGUCGGGUACACUGAGCCGCACCCAGUAGUUGAAGUCGUCACCUUGGAAGGCCCCCUGCUGCCCGCUGCCGCACUCCGACGUGACGUGGCCCUUGGCCAUCUUACUGACGGUCAGUGUCAGGGUGAGUGUGCUGUUGCAGCCGAGGUGGGCCCACACUCUGGAAUCACAAUCUGCACGACACAUGACACCAUCAUGACAUGGCCAUCGAGUGCUGUGUUCCUCACGUUCUGGCGGCCCCUCCUGUGGGUGGGCGAUGCCACCGUAGAGGUCUUCGGGGUCUUCCGGGGCUUCGGGCACGGGCUCACUCGGUUGCUCAUCUGGCAACAUGUCCUCUACCAGGGGCUCCUCCGGUGGGCCCACCUGCUCUAGCUGAGCGCCGAGGUCUGGUUGAUACGCUGCUUCUGGCUUCGGAAUGGUGUGGUCUGGUUCAUGCUCGUCGUAGGCGACAGCGUCGAUGACAGCCGAGGCCGCGUCUGAAAUGGGCAGAAAGAGGCGUCCAGAAGGGAGAGCCACUGCUGCACCCACCCACCCAUCACUCACCGCUUUUCGGUUCGAUUGCUUGUUUCUCCGCCUCCAUGGGAUGCUCUUGUGCAGCCGUUGUGCCGUCAGCCGCGUGGUCCGCGUCCUCGGUUGCGAUGCCCAGGUAGUCUGCAGCCUCCCGAGCCCCCGUCAUGAGGUCAUCAAUCGUGGGAUCCUCUGGCUGAUGGAAGGCCAGUUCCGUCACAGCUCCUGGGGCGUGCGCCCUGGCCUUCAUAUCCUCCACCUCCCUGGGCACGGCGUGCGCCUGCGGGUGCUCAGCCUCAAUCCUCAGAAGGAUCUCCUCUGCUGCCCUCCAGCUGGCCCCUGCAGAACAUCAGACAUCAGCCACUGCGUGAGCCCCAUCAACUGUGCGUUGGCGGCCGUCCUUCUCACCGAGCGCUGGCAGUGUGGAUGCGGCUGCAAUGACGAGCAAGAGGAGGACCACCAACAUUAGGAGAGCCACACGCAGAAAGAAGCACACGCAGAAAGAAGCCAC